AUGAAGCAGCGUUUCUCCUCCAUCGACGUCAAAGUCAUCGCCCACGAGCUCCAAGAGAGCCUGAACACCUUGCGACUGGCCAACGUCUACGACCUCUCCUCCAAGAUCCUGCUCCUCAAGUUCGCCAAGCCCGACAACAAGAAGCAGCUCAUUAUCGACUCUGGUUUCCGAUGCCACCUUACAGACUUUACGCGCACGACGGCCGCGGCGCCGUCGGCUUUUGUGGCGCGGUUGCGCAAGUUUCUGAAGACGAGGCGGUUGACGUCUGUGAAGCAGGUUGGGACGGAUAGAAUUUUGGAGUUUCAGUUUAGUGAUGGGCAGUACCGUCUUUUCCUUGAGUUCUUUGCUAGCGGAAAUGUCAUCUUGACCGACGCCGACCUCAAGAUCCUUACAAUCCUGCGCAACGUUCCAGAAGGAGAGGGCCAGGAACCUCAGCGAAUCGGGUUGAACUAUUCACUAGACAACCGGCAGAACUUUAAUGGCGUUCCCGAUUUGACGAAGGAGAGAGUACGCGCGGCGCUGGAGUUGUCAGUUAAGAAGAGCGCGACAGCCGUCUCGAAGAAGAUCAAGACGAAGCCUGGUGAUGAGUUGAGGAGGAGUUUGGCGACAACAAUUACCGAGUUACCGCCUAUUCUUGUCGAUCACGCGUUCCAGAUUACCAAGUUUGACGGCACUAAGAAACCCGCCGAGAUCCUCGAGGAUGAGUCGCUACUGGAUGCGCUCUUGAAGGCGUUAACCGAGGCCCGGAGUAUUGUGGAAGUUGCCACUAGCUCUGCUACAGCCAAGGGCUACAUUUUUGCGAAGUACCGAUCGAAGCCGGACGGUGCGCUAGCAGCAGAAGGUGAGGAGGCCAAGAGAUCGGAUCUUCUCUACGAUGACUUCCACCCUUUCUUGCCCAAUAAGUUUGCAAACGACCCUACCGUCAAGGUCAUCGAGUUUUAUGGCUACAAUAAGACAGUGGACGAGUUCUUCUCGUCUCUGGAAGGCCAGAAGCUGGAGUCAAGACUGACCGAACGAGAGGCAGCGGCAAGGAGGAAGCUUGACGCAGCGAGAAACGACCAAGAGAAGCGCAUCGAAGGUCUCCGAGAGGCCAAGUCCCUCAAUGUCCAGAAGGCUACCGCAAUCGAGGCAAACGUCGAGCGCGUGCAAGAGGCGAUGGAUGCGGUCAACGGCCUUCUUCAGCAAGGUAUGGACUGGGUCGACAUCAGCAAGCUCAUUGAGCGCGAACAGAAGCGUCGUAACCCUGUAGCUGAGAUUAUCAAACUACCCAUGAACCUUGCGGAUAAUACAAUUACGUUGUUGCUGGGAGAGGAGGAAGAAAUCGAAGACGACGAGUCCAACUACGAGACCGACUCGGAUGCAUCCGACAGCGACGAGGAGGAGACCAGCAGCAAGCAAAAGACUGCGAAGCAUUUGGCGAUUGACGUUGAUAUCACUCUGUCGCCUUGGGCGAACUCCAGAGGGUAUCAUGAGCAGAAGAGAAGCGCCGCCAAAAAGGAGGAGAAGACGGUUCUGCAGUCUCAAAUUGCGUUGAAGAACGCCGAGCAGAAGAUUCAGGCAGAGCUGAAGAAGGGCCUCAAGACGGAGAAGGCCGUUCUCGCGCCGAUCCGCAAGCAGAUUUGGUUCGAAAAGUUCACCUGGUUCGUCUCGUCUGACGGGUACCUGGUUCUGGGAGGCAAAGAUGCGCAGCAGAACGAGAUGUUGUACAAGCGCUAUCUCCGCAAGGGCGACGUCUACGUUCACGCGGAUAUGCACGGCGCCGCGACCGUCAUCAUCAAGAACAGCCCCAGCGAUCCCGGUGCGCCUAUCCCUCCUUCGACGCUGGCGCAGGCAGGCACCAUGGCCGUGUGCAGCUCCAGUGCGUGGGACUCAAAGGCAGGCAUGGGUGCGUGGUGGGUGAACGCCGACCAGGUUUCCAAGUCUGCUCCUACAGGAGAGUACCUUCCCACAGGAAGCUUUAUGGUCAGAGGCCAGAAGAACUUCCUCCCUCCGGCACAGCUUCUGCUCGGGUUGGGUAUCAUGUUCAAGAUUAGCGAAGAGAGCAAGGCCAGACAUGUGAAGCACAGGCUGUAUGAGAGCUCUGAUGUUCCCGCUUCGGCGGCUGACAGCGCGGCACCUGAGACUGCGACUGAUGCCGCUCAAGCCAAUGAUGAUGUCCCGGAUGAUGCUUCUGAUAUCGGCUCGGAAGACGAUCAGGAGGACGAGAAGCCGCGCGAUAACCCUCUACAGAACCUUGGGCAGGGUGGACAGGAUGACUCGGAGGGACAACUUGCAUCUGAAGAGUCCCCUGCCGAGGAGUUGUCAAACCUCAAGAUUGAAGAGGACAAGCCUGUGGAGGACGAAGCCGAGCCAGCAGAGAAAGAAGACGACGAGGAAGAUGAAGAUGAAGAAGAGGAUGACGACGAGGAAGAGAGCGACAAGGCAGCCACAGGCCAAACAUCAACCCCCGCAGAGCCGUCCGGCGCACCAAGCACCGCCACGACCGAGAAACAGCAACCAGCCAAGCGAGGCCGACGCAACAAAGCCAAGAAAAUCGCAGCCAAAUACAAAGACCAAGACGAAGAGGACAGAGUAGCAGCCGAAGCCCUCUACGGCUCCGCGCGCGGUAAGCAACGAGCCGAAGCUGAGGCGCAGAGCAAGGCGGAGCGAGAAGCCCAGCUGGCGUACCAGAAGGAACGCCGCCGCGCGCAGCACGAGAAGCAGCAGAAGGAGACUGCGGAGCACGAGGAGAUUCGCAGGUUGAUGAACGAGGAGGGCGUCGAGGUCCUGGACUCAGAUGAGUUGAGCAAGAUGACUCUGCUUGAUUCCCUCGUCGGAUGGCCUCUCCCCGGUGACGAGAUUCUGGAGGCGAUACCUGUGUGUGCGCCGUGGAAUGCGAUGGGCAAGUUCAAGUACAAGGCCAAGCUCCAGCCUGGCGCGGUGAAGAAGGGCAAGGCUGUGAAGGAGGUGUUUGAGAGGUGGAAGAGCGAUUCGUCGAAGAAGGGGGCGCUUGAUGAGCGGGCGCAGGAUAAGGAGAAGAUGUGGCCGAGGGAAGUGGAGCUUAUGAAGGCUCUCAAGGCGGAGGAGAGUAUUAAUGUUGUGCCGGUUGGUAAGGUACGGGUUAUGAUGUCUGGUGGGAGCGGGGGGUCGGGGGCCAAGGGGCAGCAGGGGAAGGGGGGGCGUGGUGGGAGGGGGUCGAAGAAGAAGUAG